CGUGAACUAACCAGGACACACUUUUCCAGUUACCACAAGUUUCUAAUUAUAAAAGAGAAAAAAAAAAAUCUAUAUCUAUAUAUAUUGUCCCUGUAUGUAUUACAGUUUUCUGGAUUCUGGGUCAUGGCUUUUCUGUUAAGGACACCUUCUAUGUUCUGUCCUAAGAAACAUUUUUAUUACAACAAUAACAACAAUUGUAGUCAUUACAGGUGGGGUGUAUUUGGCGCCAAAGCCUUAUCCUCUCAGCCAAUGGUCCAUUCGGUUUCAAUGGAAUACAAGAGCUACAACAAGCAAGUCAGAAGACCAAAAUAUGAUUGCCUCCUUUUUGAUCUGGAUGAUACCCUUUAUCCUGUGACUUCUGGUUUGGCAACUGUAUGCUGCAAUAACAUUGAAGAUUUUAUGGUUCACAAGCUUGGCGUAGAUAGGAAUUUAGCCUCUGAAUUAGGUUAUUUACUUUACAAGAAUUAUGGGACAGUACUAGCAGGCCUUAAGGCUAUUGGCUAUGACAUUGAUACUGAAGAGUAUUUUAGAGUUGUUCACCAAAGAUUACCUUAUGCGAAGUUAAAACCUGACCCUGUUUUAAGAAGUCUUUUGUUAAGCUUGCCUAUCCGUAAAGUUAUCUUUACAAAUGCAGAUAAGGUUCAUGCUGUUAAAGUUCUCAGCUGUUUGGGGUUGAAAGAUUGUUUCGAAGAUAUCAUUUGCUAUGAAACUCUGAAUCUGAUCAACAAUCGCACUGUGUCCGAUGGUGAGGAUGACAUUCAGUUGAGCACCACCCUCACCGGGGGCGGCAAAUUUUUUGACAUCAUCAGUCAUUUUUCUCAACCUAAUGCUUCUGCAUCUUUGUUACCAAAGACACCAGUUGUCUGCAAGCCAUGUCAACAUGCCAUCGAGAAGGCACUCAAGAUAGGCAACAUUGACCCUCAGAGAACUCUUUUUUUUGAAGACAGUGUUCGGAAUAUACAGUCUGGAAAGCUUGUUGGCCUUGAUACUGUACUGGUAGGGACUUCUAAAAGGAUUGAAGGAGCAGAUUAUGUCCUAAGAAGCAUCCACAAUAUUAGGGAUGCACUACCAGAGCUCUGGCUUGCUUAAGAAGUCCAACCAGAGCUAGAUUACUACUGCAAAGAAGUAAAAAUGCCCGCGACAACUUCAAGUUUCAUCAUCGGUCUGUCAUUAUUCUUUAUAGGGUUAUACUGAUCUUGCCGUUUUAAGCUGAUCAUUAUAGGAAUGAACUUUUGCUGUAGACAUGUAAUUUUCAUACAUUAAGGUGAUAAGAUUUUGUUGUCA